GUGCCGAACUGCCGAACCACCACCCGCAUCAGUUACGACUGACGAGUGACGACGGUCUGACUAGACUCUGGGCUCAGUGUACCUGAUAUAACCGAUAGGUACACUUAGUACUCGUUCAUUACCAGUUAAUAGUUACUGCUGAUUACUGGUUAUUUCGCGCGACGACCACCAACACAGAAAUCCUCUACUGAACGACAAUCGGCGGAAAUCACUUUAUUUUUCAAUGAUGAACUAUUUUCCUAUUACUUUCGUGCUGAUGGCGGUCACUGAGACGCUGCUAGCAGCUGUCAUGUCCGGUGUCAAUCACAUGACUGACGGUCAAGAAAUCGAAGAAAACCUAAUCAUUUCCAGGCGCAGGGCGAUAUCUGAACAUGACCACCGGACUGACUCUGCUUACGCCGGCAUCUUGAGUGACGAGGAAGAAUUGGAUGAAAUAAAACAUUUAGAACCAUCUGAAAUAAAACCACGUAUGACCAGUAUACUUAAAACUAUGGAUAUAAAUGAGAAUGGCUUAAUUGAAAAAAAUGAACUAUUAGAAAAAUUAUUGGAUUCUUAUCGGAAAUUAUCAGCUGAAGAAUCUGAUGCAGAAUUUCUAACUAGUGAUCUUGAUGAAAACGGCUAUAUUACAUGGAAGGAAUAUGUUGGUGAUACUUAUGGUUCAAGUGAACAUUUUGAUGAUGAAAUGACAGAAGAUGAAAGACAAUUAUUUCUGGCCGCUGAUGUUGAUAAGGAUGGUCAUUUAAAUAAAGAAGAAUUUCGUUAUUUUUAUACUCCUGAAGAUUACCCACACAUGCAACCAGUAGUAUUGCUUGGUGUAAUGAAUCGAUUUGACACUGAUAAAGACGGAAAAAUUACAUUUGAUGAGUUCAUAGGAGAUAGAAGAACAGAACACACUGAAGAAUGGCUUCAGGAAGAAAAAACUAAGUUUAUUGAAGAACUCGAUGUUAAUAAAGAUGGAGUAUUAGAUGAAGAGGAAGUGCAUGAUUGGGCAUCACCAAACAAUAACAUGAUUGCCGAAAGUGAAGCAGAAAAUUUAAUUUUAAAAGCAGACAAGAAUCAAGAUGGUGUACUAAGCUUUGAUGAAGUAUUGGACAAUUAUUACACAUUUAUUUCGCCAGAAAGUGAGGGGUAUUACAUAUUUAGAGAUGAAUUAUAAAAAAAUACUAUCCCUAAUGAUCUUAGAUAUUUAUUUUAUGAAAUUUAUAUUAAUAUUAUUUGAAUUUUUGAAAGUGUGUUUUUAACCAAUUUUUUCAUAUAAUUUAUCUGUAAAUUGAUUACUUUAUAACAGUUAUUCAAUACAAUUAAACCAAAAAACAAACAAUUCAGUAAUAUCCAAUAAAUUCAACAGUGUAUUAAGUUGUUAACUUAUAUUACUGAUCAAUUUGUAAGGUACAAGUAUGUAUUUACAUUUAUACCACAUAUAAUAUAUAAUAUUCAAGGUAAUAAUUUCAAUAAAAGACAUCCAUACUUCAGUCGAAUAUUGUUUUCAAAGAAAAAUGAUUUUAUUGUUUAAAGUUUAUAAUAUGAACAAAGUUUAGCAAUAUACUAGAUAAUAUGUAUUAUCUAAAUUGUCGAUAAAUUUUAAAUUUUUUUCAAACCAUUUUAUAAAUUUCAAUAUAUUAUACAUAUAUAUUAAUUUUAUAAUAAAAGUAGCCCAAUAAUGCUAUAGGUAAUAUCAUUAUUUAAAUAAAUUAUUUCCUUAAGUUUUUCAAAAGUAAUUUUUGGUAAUUUAAUAUUGUACACUACGUAUAUUUUCAGUAAUAUAAAAUAAUUACUAUUGAAUAUUUUUAUUUUUAUUUGUAUACAUUAAAAUAAUAAUGUAAAACAAUAAGCAAAAUGAUCUAUAGAAAUCACAAACAUUAAUUAAGAAUAUGGGUGUCUAAAAUAUCAAAUAAAAAUGAUUUAGUAAUUUAUUGGAAUAACUGAAAUAAAAUAAAAUUAUUAUACAUUUCUAGUUGAUAUUUGUAUAAAUUAUAUACUAAUUAUAUACUUGAACUUGAUAAUAGUAUAAUAGCCAUAUAAGAAUUAACUUCCUUGUCUUUAAUUUUAUUUUAAAUAGUUCCAUUAUUUAUUUUGUACAUUGAUUUCCUUACCAUCUAAAAUAUAAACAUACAUUUUGAUGCCUUACUAUUUAUAUUGUUCCUUAAAUAAUUAAAAAUGAGCAUUUUAAAUGACUGAUUAAAUAUUUUUAAAUUAUUAUUAUUAUUAAUACUGACUUAUGGCAUUUAGCCAGUAUAUGUUUAUGAGUUAUGAUAUUAUAUAUUUUAAUAUUUUAUCUAAUGAAAUUUAUUUUGGUAAUUCAUUAUAAUUUGUAAUUGUAUAAUCAACAAAUGGCUAAAAUUUAAAUAAUUUAUAUUUUAUGUUCCUUUUUGAGAAAUUUUAUUUUAUCAUUGCCUAAUCGAGUCAAAAUAGAAAUAAGUAUAUUAUUUUAAGUCUAUUUUUGGUCUUAGUCAAUGUAUACUAAACAUGCUACAUUAAUAAUCAAAAUAUUUGUUAAAUGUUAUGUACUGUCCUUAUGUCAACCUUUUUUGUUGGUAUUUUAAAACAAGUAAUUAAGAAUUUUAAUGUUAUAACUUAUAACGAAUACAAUUAUUUAUUCUGUUUACAUUUUAAUAACUGAUAAAUCAAAAACUAUUUAACAUAGAAAUUAUUUUUUAUUGUGCUUCCGUUUUUUUUUUUUAUGAAUGUAUUAUUUUAUAAUCAUAGAUCACUAAUAUCAUUAAUUAUUUAUUUUACUUAAACAUUGUAGUAUUGUGUUUUAUUUUGCUUAAGACUAUGUUAUUAUUGUACUUUGGAAAAUAUACUAUUAAUUGUGUUUCUAAUCUGUUAAAAUACAUAAAACAUGUAUACAAAUAAACAA